AUGAACUAUAUACCCAAGUCUGUUGACUACAGAUCUGACCAGGAUAAAAAGGCAAAACAGUUGAAGAAACAUUUAGAGCGGGCAGAGAAGCAGAUGAUAGAACAAGCACUACUGCGCCAGAAAUUGGAAGAGUUAGUCAGUGAGCGUGUCACCAGGAAGCAUAGAUCAUUUGACAAAACACAAGGUGAUCAUUUAGCACUAAAUGGAAUGACUAACAGAAUCGAUAGACAAGGUUAUAAUAUUGGCUACAGGAUAAAUAACAAAGUGUUAGAAGAAAUUGCAGCAAAAACCAGGGAAUUUAAGAAAUCACAGGCUCAGAGGGCAGCAGAUAUUAGAUAUCUGACCCAAGAAAGACAACACAUUCUAGAAGCUUACAAACAACUUCAAGCAAAACGAGAUAUUUUUCGCUCAAUCCCAUCACCCGUUGGAGAAGCAACCGAGCGCAUCUGGGGCCAAAAGUAUUCCAUUUACACGCCGAUGCAUUACGAUGAGUACAGCAAUGUUUUCACUCCCGCAUUUCAAGAUGGCUACUACACAUACUUUCCACGUCCCAAGAGGAAGAAGAAGUGGUUUAAUAGCCAGCUUCUGUUUGUCCCAAUGCCACUUUAUCAGUCGUCAUGGUAA